AUGUAUUUUGUCACUCUUUUCAUGGCCAUAUUAAUGGCGAAUAUUGUCAAAUCAAGCGCCGUGUAUGCCCGCCAAAAUGAAAUAAUACUCGCGUGCGCAGAAGAAGCGCCAAGCCCAGAUUUUCUAGAAUUAUCCAAGUUACUACAAGCCUCCAAUUCUACUUCCCUUACACGGCGCCAAUCACAACAGGAUUUCAACUUUAACGUCUUCGCCCAUGUUGUAUACUAUGAUAAGACUGCCCGAGGCGGUUAUGUCGAGGAGACGGAUAUCAAAAAAGCAAUAGAAGCCAUGAAUCGGAAUUUUGACGGUUCUGGCAUCUCAUUUACUCUCGUCAGCGUCAGCUACACGGAAAAUCAAGAUUGGGCUACCUACCGAGACGUAGAGGCAAUGAAGGACGACCUACGCGAGGGAACAUACGCAGACUUGAACCUUUACUACAUAUCCAGCAUUGCAGAAGACAGGGGACAAAUUACGACCAGUGGUAGGUGUAGCAUGCCCGUCACGUUCACUUCCAACGGAAAGCCGGUGGACAUUACAACUCGCAAGGACAUCGUCGUGUCGGAAGAGUACCUAGUAGGCGAUGGGUGCGUCAUUGUUGCUCGGGCAGUCGAUGGUGACACUGUUACCCACGAGGUCGGCCACUGGCUAGGUUUAUUGCACACUUGGAAGAGCGAUUGCAGCGACGACGGAGACAUGAUUGGCGACACCGCCCCUCAGGAAUCUCCAACAUGGCGUUGCUCUUCAGUCACAGAUCAGUUUUCCGACGGCACGCCCGCCAAUUACGCCUGCGGCGGCUGGAGGGAGAGCAACAUGUACAACUUUAUGGAUUACUCGGACUGCACGUCGACAUUUUCUGCGGGCCAGAAGAAACGCAUGGCAUACUUUGCAGAGUAUCGUGAAAUACUCGGGUCUCGCGGGCCAACUCAUCAUUCAUCUCGUCCGGCGGCUGCGGCUGCGGCUUCGGCUCCGGCUCCGGCUCCGGAGGCGCCUCCGGAGCCGCCCAGCGACGCAAACGAGGACAAUACACAGCGGCUGAGAUGGUUCAAGCGCAGUAUAUUCGAGCAGGAGGGGGGGUACGAUCUCUGCAUGGGCCUCGCCUACUUCAAGAUGUCCGGCUCUUCUUCUCUCAGUGCCGACCAUGUCGACAGGGCUUGUGGGACGGAGAUCUUUUGCAAGAUUAUUGAAUGGGACUGGCAGGGGCUAGGUCCUCAGACAAUGAGAGAUAGGCUUGGGUUUGCAAGCCACCACGAAUGCAUCGCUGGCCACGAGGCAGAGCCCUAG